AUGGAACGUUUGUGCGCGGAACGAGCGCAACUUAGAAGAUUCUUCACGAUUGCCGCGAAUGGUUGUGAAGAAACCUUUGGAAAACCUGAAGCAACCGUCGAGGAGGUAACUGUUGCUUUUAUUAAGCUUACCGACAAGGCUGAUAGGCUUUUUCUUCUCGAUGAUAAAGUAAAAGAAAUUAUGUUCGAGUCAUUGGAUCAGGUCAAAGAAGAAGAUUUAGGUAAGGAGUUUGAAACUGUGGAGAAGUACAGGGACACCUGGCUAACUUUGAGUGCUAGAAAGAAUGAGUUACUGGAAAAAGUCAAGGCCAACACAGCGUGUCCUACCGAAGUUUCUGCUGCUGCUCCUAGUGAUAACCUCACCCUCAAAUUACCUAAGUUGGAUCUCCCAAAAUUCGACAUCACGCCUAAAACAUGGAUCAGUUUUUGGGCAUAUUUCAAGAAAAUCCAUGAAAGAGAGGACCUGCCUUCUGAGGAUAAGUUCUUGAUUUUGUUGCGUAUUGCCAAGGAUGGUACCCAAGCAAAGGAACUGUUGAGUAGCUAUCCUGCAUCGGGGGCCAAUUAUCCGAAGGCUUUUGGCCAACUGAAAAACCGUUUUGGCCGUGAUGAAUUGCUGAUUGAGUUGUAUGUUAGGGAGCUUCUCUCAUUGGUCUUGGUACAGGCAUCGGGCAAAGUUUCUUUGACUCUCGCACAGCUUCAUGACAAGCUAGAAACCCAGCUAAUGGCCUUGGAGAGUUUGGGAGUUACAUCAGAAAAAUACGCGUGCAUGCUCGCGCCUUUAAUUGAAUCCGCACUUCCUGAGUCAAUUUUGCGGGAAUGGGAGCGUAAGCGGAAGUCGUGCGGCAUUGAUGAAUCAUCCCUCUUUGAGGCUGCAGAUCAAAUGGUCAAGUUGCGAGAUUUUCUGAAGAGAGAGGUUGAAAGCGAGGAGCGGUUUCUGCUAGCUAGGAGCACGUUUUCUGUCCCCAGCGCUGCACCAAAGAGCAGUGCUGGGAAUGUCAAGUCCUCGACUGGAAAGUACACCACAGCUGCUGACCUAGUUGGUAUUGAGUCCACUGAAGGCACUGAAGAUGUCAGUUGCAUUUUUUGCAAAAAUUCUCACAAUACCGAAUUGUGUUCAGAGGCGAGGGACAAGAGCAAAGAGGAGAAAAUUAAGCUCCUCAAAGCUAAAAGCCGCUGUUUUAAGUGUCUGAAAAAAUUCCACGGGAAACGGCCUUGUAAGGAAAAGCUGUGUUGCUUAGUUUGUGCUGAACCUCAUGUUACUGUGAUGUGCCCAAUUCCUCGUAACCGGAAUUCAACGUCUAUUGAAAUUAGUAAGGCAACGAAGAAAGAAAACGAUGUAGAGCACAACUAUGCUAGUAUCCAGAGUGCACCAGUUUUGAUGCAAACGUUGAGGGUUCGUUUGAAAGGAGAAAAUCCUGUCACCACCAGGUUGUUGAUUGACACAGGUUCUCAAAGAAGUUAUAUAACUCAAGCGCUGGCUACCAGAAUGCGCUAUGAGCCGAUCCGCUCUGAGAACUUGGUUCAUGCAUUGUUUGGUGGGAGCAAGACUGAACCCAAGACGCAUCAAUGCUAUAAGAUCCGUCUGCAAAGUUUGAUGAGUGCGUUUUCCUGCAACUUUGAAGUUCUUGACUCGGAACAGAUUUGUCACGCCAUUCCCUCCAUUCCUAAAGGUCUAUGGGUAUCUGAACUUCGCGAGAAGAAAAUCGAGUUGACUGACGACAGAGAGGGCCCAAUUGGCAUUCUUGUUGGAGCGGACGUCGCGGGAAAGCUACUAGAUUGGACCAUAAUGGGCCGCGUUAAGGACGCUGAGACAAGUUGUAUGGUUAACAUCAGUUUGCACUGCGCCCAGGAGUUCGACCCUUCUGAUAUGUGGAGGUUGGAUGUGUUGGGCAUCGAGGACCCCGCUUUGGUUAGUACCAAAGAAGAGGCAAAAACGGUUGUGCGUCGGCACUUCUUGGAAACAGUUAAGAUUUUACCUGAUGGACGAUAUGAGGUAUGUCUUCCAUGGCUGAAGGAACAUCCCCCGCUGCCUCGAAAUUUCGAUCUGGCCCGUGGUAGACUUGAAUCGACCCUAGCCAAGUUACGUAACGGUCAUUUGGUGAAAGAAAAUGAAGCGGUGUUUCAAGAAUGGCUGAAAGAUGAAAUUAUUGAAGAGGUACAGCUUGAUAAGUGGGAUUUCGGACAUUAUUUGCCUCACCGAGCCGUGGUUAAGGAAGCCAGUACCACCCGAAUUCGUCCUGUUUUCGACGCCUCGUCCAAAGAGAAAGGCAAACCUAGCCUGAAUAUGUGUCUAGAAAAAGGGGAGAGUUAUGUAGAGUUAAUCCCAUCGAUACUUCUACGAUUCAGACUGAACGCAAUAGGCGUUAUUUCUGACAUAAGAAAAGCCUUCUUACAGAUUUCUGUUUCGGAAAAGGAUCGGGAUAGCUUGAGGUUCCUAUGGAAGGACGAGGUCGGAGAGAUGAAAAUCUACCGUCACAGGAGGGUGGUGUUUGGGGUGACCAGUAGCCCUUAUUUGCUAGGGGCCGUUAUUGACCAUCAUCUCUCAAAGUGUGAGGAAAAAGUGGCUUCAAAAGAGGUUCCUUAUGAAAGAUCUGUCAUCUCACAGUUGCGCAAAUGCUUGUACGUUGAUAACUGUGUGACUUCGGUUGAUGAUGAGAAGGAACUUUUGAGCUUCAUGUCGCAAGCCAGGGAAAUUUUUAUGAAAGCCUGCUUUGAUCUUCGUGGCUGGGAAUGGAGCGACCCCGAUUGUGCUGCUCACACCAGUUUCCCCGUUCUUGGACUUCUGUGGGAUAAAAAGGAGGAUAUUCUCAGGUUAAACCCUCCCAAGCCUUUGGAAAGUGAUGCCAUCACGCGACAAACAGUGAUGUCAGCAGCACACCGUAUUUUCGACCCGCUCGGUGUAUGUGCACCCGCCAUUUUGAUACCGAGAUUGUUAGUUCAAGAAAGUUGGGGUGAGGCUGGGAACUGGGAUACCCCUUUUAAUGAGCAAAGCCAGGCAACGUUCCGUAAGUGGAUGAGUCAAGCUGAUGUCUUGAAUCAAAUCGAAGUCCCACGAUGGUUGAAAUUGACCGUUGGUAAUGUGUCUCUACACACAUUUUGUGACGCAAGUCAGGUCGCUUAUGCCACCGUCUCAUUUUUGCGAGUUGAAACAGAUAACACGGUAUCUGUGAUAAUGGUGGGAGCGAAAGUUCGUGUUGCCCCUGUUAAGAGACCUACAAUUCCUCGCCUAGAGCUUCUGGCUGCAACAAUUGGGGCGCGAAUGGCUUCUAGUAUUGUAAAAGAGAUUGGCGAUGUAGAGUGCCAUUUUUGGUCAGAUUCUUCCACGGCUCUGUGUUGGAUCAAGAAAGAGGAACCGUGGGGAGUAUUUGUGUUCAACAGGGUUAAGGAAAUUCGUUCUCUGACUGAUCCUGAUACGUGGAAACAUGUGCCAGGGGUGAUGAACCCAGCAGAUCUUCCUAGCAGGGGUUGUUUUCCUGAAGAACUUCUUGACUCCAAAUGGUGGGAGGGGCCGAGAUGGUUGUACGGGCCGCGUUCUGAAUGGCCUAACUGCGAUGUCCCUCCUGAUGAAAAUGAAGUUCAAAUGGAAAGGAGAAAAACGCCUUUGAUUUCAGCUUUAUCCCAAGAACCAGGUGUGUUUUGCUGCGAAAGAUUAGCCCGGUACUUUUCUUCUUAUCACCGGAUCGUUCGAAUGGUUGCAUGGAUGAUAAGGUUUCUGUGGAACAAAUAUUCAAAGAAGGAAAAGCGCUCUGGAGAGCUGUUUUUGUCGGAAAUCGCAAGAGCUGAAAAGGUGGUUCUGAAAUCGAUACAGGAUGAAGCUUUUGAAGGGCUAGGUGAUAAACAGCUCAAAAAUUUGAAGCCACACAAAGAUAAAGUCGGACUGAUGCGUUUGAGAACCCGUAUUUGGGCGAGAAAAGACCCUGAAGACUUCCGUGCACCUUAUAUUCUUCCUUUCCAGCAUGUCAUUGUUGACAGAUUGAUCCACGACUUGCACACGCAGAAUGGACACAUUGGAGGGCAAGGUCUUCUGAACCUUCUAAGAGAAAGAUUCUGGAUCGUUAGAGGGAGGCAAGCUGUGAGAAGAAUUGUGUCUGCGUGUGUGAUAUGCAGGCGUUAUAGGGCCAAGGCAUUGGAAGUCGAGUCUCCACCGCUCCCGGAGAAUCGGGUAAGGGACGCUCGUGUGUUCGAAAUCAGUGGCACGGAUUUUGCUGGUCCACUCUACCUUAAAAAUGGAGACAAAGUUUGGGUGUGCAUAUUCACCUGUGCUGUUUAUCGUGUCACACAUUUGGAAUUGGUUACUGCCAUGUCAACGGAAGCCUUCAUCAUGGCGUUUCGACGUUUCAUUGCGCGUUGGGGCAGACCUUCCUUCAUGUACAGUGACAAUGGUACAAACUAUAAGGGGUUCAAAAAUGCUCUCGAUGGAAUUGAUUGGCAGAGAGUAGCGUCCCGCGGUUUGGUGAACCAAAUUGAAUGGCGCUUCAACCCACCCACAGCAACAUGGUGGGGCGGGUUCUGGGAACGCUUAAUAGGGAUUUUGAAAGUUCAUCUUCGCAAAAUUCUGGGACGGGCUUCACUCACUUUUGAAGAGUUGAACACCGUGAUCAGUGAGUGUACUGCUUAUAUCAAUUCUCGCCCCAUCACCUAUACAUCGGAUGACCCGAGUGAUCCGGUGCCUAUUACUCCUCAAAUGUUCAUUGGAGAUAUUCAAGAAAUGGGUGUCCCUGACUUGGACGAAGUUGAUGCGAAGAGUUUACACAAAAGAGUUAGACGUCGCCAAGAGAUCAGAGACAACCUAAAGCAGCGUUUCCGGUCUGAAUACUUGGGCCAGAUGUUCAUGACUGCUAGCAAUUUGAAGAAUCCGAGAGAGCCCAAGGUGGGAGAAAUAGUCCUCAUUGGCGCUGACAAUCAGAAGCGGAUGCAUUGGCCGAUGGCAGUGGUUGAAGAACUGAUUCUUGGUGUUGACGGUCGGUGCCGAGUUGUCAAGCUUCGAACGCAGGAUGGCCAACUGACGCGUCCUGUCCAGCGAGUUUUUCUCUUGGAAAUUCCUCUCGAAGAAGAAAUGGAUCAAGGCCAGCUUCUAGCUGAGGUCGAAUCAGAAAGUGAUUCUGGUGGUUCAGCUACCGGCGGUUCUCUAGUUGAUUCACAAGUCAAGGUCGUCGCUUCACCACCCCAAAUCCAAGAAGCUCAACCUAUUAAUUCUGAAGACCCUCUGAUGAAGUUUCAUCAUGUGGAAACCAGAUGUGGAAGGAAGGUGAAAGUUCCAAGUCGUUUCUCCUAG